UCAACCUGUAGACUCCAGAUUGGUUGAUGAGGAAGUUGGGAAUUGACAGUAGUCUUGGUGACCAGUUUUCGUUUGUCAUUAGAAAGAUCUCAUAUAUAUAAGCAAAAAAGGGUCCCUUACCUCUUGCCCUCGUAAGCCUUCCCUACCAACCUGAACACAAAGCUGGAUGAGCAGAAUAUCAAAUGCUGCUGCUGAAAGCUAGUUAAUGAGGUAGUAACCCAAUCCAGAAUAAAAGAUGCAGAUGGGAGGCAAUAAACCAUUAGCCUUACCUCAGUAAAGUCGAUACUUUUUGGGUGUUGGAAUUUCAGAUAGGAUAAGCCCACCUAUCCUUCUUUCUUUGCUGCCAUCAGCAAAAUUAGCUUUAGAAAAGUAAACUCUGCCGUCAUCUCCGAUGUGUAAAAUUGAUUCUCCAGCUGGAUGUGGAGAAAGAAAAACAGAUAAAGAUACCCCAAGAUCAAACCACCUACCGUCCACCAUCCACCCUCCACUUUCCUUAACGUCAUCCACCGGCCUACCCCACAAAUCCUUCUAUAAAUUCAGCCUCGAGCUUCUGUGAAGAGCCCCCCUUCCUCUCUCUCUCUUCAAAUUCUCCUCUCGUAAUCUCUUAGCAGUUGUCUUCUCACAAGAUUUUGCCCUCUAGUUGCUAGAAUUUGUCAAUUUGUCACGUCUGGGAAAAUGGGAUUCUGCGAUUGUGGGAUGGUUGGUGAUGAUCACUUUGUGCUAUGCAAAGCAGCUCUAAUCUUUGGAGUGACAAGAUGGAUCUUCUUCUGUGCUCAGAAACUAGUGAAACAAUAUUACAUGCACAUGUUUUCUUGGUCCUUUGACCACCAUGAGCCCACAACACAAUCUUCAUCAGCAGUUCAUCAUGAUCACUCUUCUUCAGCUUUAGAAAUGGUGAGAGAUUAUUUGAGCUUGACAACUUUUGAAAACAUCAAGCAGAGGCUGCCAGAAGAAGAAAGCCAUGACAUGUCCUGUGCAGUUUGCUUGAAGCGUUUCAAGAAGAAUGAUCAGGUCCGGGAAUUGAACAAUUGCAGGCAUGUCUUCCACAAGCAAUGCCUGGAUAGAUGGCUUCUCUACGACGCCCGGUUAACCUGUCCUCUUUGCAGAACUUCUUUGAUCACCAUGAGUAGUUCAGAGUCUUGUUCCAUGCCGCAGCAGCAGCAGCAACCUAGUUGGGCUGUGGAAAGGAUUCUUUAUCUAUUUGGGGAUGAUUUGCUCUCUCCACCUUCUUACUCAUCUGGAAUGGAGGAUCUGAGCUAUUAAUUGAUGUCUGCCCUCAGUAUUGUUAAUUGUUAGGAUGCAGCAUUCUUAGCAAAAUUUGUUCCCACAUUUCUAAAGUUUCAAAGCUAAGGGGCAAGGCUGUUAAUUCUUGGCUUUUGCCCAAUUUUUUUUGGUUGUUGUAAAUACUAUAUCAGGACAGUUGAAAACAUUUGAGUUCUAGCAGUUAACCAGAAAAUUUCCCCUUUUUUCUU